CCUGCCCAAAAAUGGCUUCUUUCAAAUUUCUUAUAUUCCUUUCGUCUCUCUUCGUGAUUUUGUUGCUUAGCCUUACCAGUGGCAAUGAAGCAGCACCCACUUACAACUCUCAUAUUUGCUCAAACUCAACCUUCUUCACCGCCAACAGCACCUACCAAUCCAAUCUCGACAUCGUCCUCUCUUCUCUUUCCUCUAACGCCACACGGGCCACUGGGUUCUCCAACGCCUCCGCUGGCGAGGUCUCCGGGCUCUUUUUGUGCCGUGGCGAUGUCAACACCACUGCCUGUCAAGACUGCGUUGCCAACGCAACCAAAGAGAUACUAGGACGCUGCCCCUUAGACAAAGUGGCUAUAAUAUGGUACGACGAGUACUUGUUACGUUACUCCAACCAACCCAUCUUCGCCACCGUAACCGUAGUGCCCGCGGUAUCCAUGUCGAGCACGCAGGUUAUCCUAGAGGCAGAGAGUGACCGCUUCAACGAGUUGUUGGCCAGGACAAUGAAUUCGCUGGCGACCCUUGCGUCCAAUUCCUUGACGGCCAAGAAGUUUGCGACGGAGGAAGAGGCGUUCAACAGUUCCCAGAAGCUGUACAGCCUCGUGCAGUGCACGCCGGACCUGACUCUGUCCGAUUGCGAAUUAUGUUUCCAAAGCGCCAUAGGAGGUCUGCCUAUGUGCUGUGGUGGAAAACAAGGCGGAAGGGUUCUGCUACCAAGUUGUAAUAUUAGAUAUGAAUUUUACCCAUUUUAUAACUUCACAGCUACAUCGCCUGCAUUUCCUCCUCCUGCUCCAGGAGGAAGCAAAAUGUCGUCCCUGACAAUUGUUGCCAUUGUUAUCCCAAUUUCUGUCUCUGUGGUUCUUUUCUUCAUUGCCUAUUGCUUCCUUCGGAGGAGAGCAAGGAAGAAAUGCUACACUUUAUUCGAAGAAAAUGCUGGAGUUGAAAUUACAACUAUAGAGUCCUUGCAAUUUGAUUUGGAUACGAUUGAAGCUGUCACGGACAAGUUCUCGGAUGAUAACAAGAUUGGUGAAGGAGGAUUUGGCACGGUUUAUAAAGGCACCCUUCCUGAUGGACAACAAAUCGCUGUGAAGAGGCUAUCUGGAAUAUAUGGGCAAGCUGCAAUAGAACUCAAGAAUGAGGUUGGAUUGGUAGCCAAGCUUCAUCACAGAAAUCUAGUGAGGCUACUAGGAUUUUGUAUGGAAGGAAAAGAGAAGUUGCUUGUUUAUGAAUACGUGCCCAACAAAAGUCUUGAUUACUUUCUAUUUGAUCCGAUAAACAGAAGACAAUUAGAUUGGUCAACACGUUACAAGAUUAUUGGAGGAAUAGCUCGAGGGAUUCUUUAUCUUCAUGAAGAUUCUCGGAUUAGAAUUAUCCAUCGUAAUCUCAAAGCUAGCAAUAUUUUGUUAGAUGGCAAUAUGAAUCCAAAGAUUGCAGAUUUUGGCUUGGCGAGGAUAUUUGUAGUGGAUCAAACUCAAGGAAGUACAAGUCAAAUUGUUGGAACAUAUGGUUACAUGCCUCCAGAAUACGCUAUGCAUGGCCGAUACUCUGUAAAGUCUGAUGUUUUUAGCUUCGGAGUCCUAGUGCUAGAGAUUAUAAGUGGGAGGAAUAACAGCUGUGUCUCUGAAUCAGAACAUGCGGAGGACCUACUGAGUUAUGCUUGGAAACAAUGGAGGAGUGGGACACCCAUGGACUUGUUGGAUCCCACUGUGAGACAUUCUUGUUCAAGAAAUGAGGUCGCCAGUUGCAUCCAAAUGGGCUUAUUGUGCGUUCAGGAAGAUCCGGCAAACCGACCAACAAUGGCGACAAUAGUUCUCAUGCUUAACAGUUACUCUGUUACGCUGCCAUUACCAAAGCAGCCAGCAUUUUUAAAUCGAAGAGGAGCAAAGCCGAACAAGCCAGUGGACCUGCAGUCUGAUCAAUCUACAAGUCCAUCAGUUAAUGAAGCAUCAUUUACUGAAAUAUACCCUCGAUAG